CUUCCACCCUUCUUCACGCUUGGGCCACAAUUAUUCCAUUCAAAUUAGAAAGACCCUAUGUGAAGGUCCGUUCUUCACCACCAUCACUACACCAAAGCCAUGGCAGGAGGGAAACAGCCUAAAUUGCAGAUCUCCAUCGAUCGUGGAGGAACUUUCACAGAUGCAUUAGGUCGAAUUCCAGGAAGUGAUCGAGAGGAUAUUCUAGUGAAACUUUUAUCUCAUGAUCCUCAAAAUUACAAAGAUGCUCCUAGAGAAGCGGUGAGAAGGAUCAUUGAGAUCUAUAGAGGCACAAAAAUACCAAGAGGAGAGAAGAUCGAAACGCAUGAUGUGGAACAUAUUCGAUUAUCCACAACUGUUGCAACGAAUGCAUUACUAGAACGAAAAGGUGAAAAGCAUGCUUUGGUCACCACAAAAGGAUUCAAGGAUAUUGUAAGAAUAGGAAAUCAAUCUAGACCACGAAUCUUCGAUCUGGCGAUUCGAAAGCCAGAUGUUUUGUAUUCAGAUGUGAUCGAAAUCGAUGAACGUGUUACGCUUGUCGGCUACACCUCGGAUCCAAAGGCAGAAGAGAACAAGGUGAAAUUCGACAAUGAAGGCAAGCUAGAAAGCGCAUACAAAGGAGAAGAUGGUCCACCUCCCAGCUUUGAAGAUGGUAAAGAUGCAGAGAUUGUCAGAGGAGUGAGCGGGGAAGCAGUCGCGAUCCUGAAGCGACCUGACAAAAAGCUAGUCAAAGCUGAUUUGCAAAAGUUGUACGAUGAUGGAUAUCGAGCCUUGGCCAUUGUGCUUAUGCACAGCUAUACAUUCCCCGAACACGAGCGUAUUGUCGAGGCUUUGGCAAGGGAGAUUGGAUUCACACACAUUAGUGUCAGCUCUUCAUUGAUGCCGAUGAUCAAGAUGGUACCUCGAGGUACUUCUUCAACUGCAGAUGCAUACCUUACACCCGUUCUACAAGCAUACAUUGACGGCUUCUUUUCCGGAUUCGAUGAAAGCUUACGAGAUGGAUCUUCAGGAACUCGAGUGGAGUUCAUGAUGUCUGAUGGUGGUUUGACGAGUGUCGAACGCUUCUCUGGACUCAAAUCUAUCAUUUCAGGUCCAGCUGGUGGCGUUGUUGCAAUGGCCAGAACAGCAUACGACGAAGCGGAUGGUAGACCGGUUGUUUCGAUCGAUAUGGGAGGUACAUCGAGUGACGUUGCACGAUAUGCAGGAAGAUUUGAGCAAGUGUUUGAAACAACACUUGCGGGUGUUACGAUUCAAAGUCCACAAUUAGAUGUCAACACAGUCGCUUCUGGUGGAUCAUCAAGACUUUUCUUCCGCAAUGGAUUAUUUGUCGUUGGACCUGAAUCAGCAUCUGCUCAUCCUGGACCUGUUUGUUAUCGAAAAGGAGGACCGUUGGCCAUCACUGAUGCCAAUCUUGUGACCGGUCGCCUGGCGAUCGAGAUGUUCCCAAAGAUCUUUGGUCCCAAUGAAGAUCAAGGCUUGGACGAAGAAGCAAGCAGGCGCGAAUUGGAGAAGGUCCGUUCGCAAAUUAACAAGGAGACAGGAAAAGAUAUGUCAAUCGAUGAAGUUGCUCAAGGUUUCAUUCGUGUGGCCAACGAAACCAUGUGCAGACCGAUUCGUGCUUUGACAGAAGCAAGAGGGUACUCGACUUCAAAACACAUCCUAUGUUGUUUUGGUGGAGCAGGUGGACAACAUGCUUGUUCGCUGGCAAGAAGCUUGGGCAUCAAGACUGUGAUGAUUCAUCAAUAUUCCAGUAUCCUGUCUGCCUACGGAAUGGCUUUGGCUGAUCGUGUAUAUGAGCAACAAGAACCUUGCAGCGAAAUUUGGUCUUCUGACUCCAACAGUGCAACACUCAAACGCAUCGAAGCUCGCGCUCAAGCUCUGGAAGACAAAGUUCGCAAGGAACUCACCGGACAAGGUUUCGAGGGAGAUCGUCUUCAGAUUGAAAUCUUACUCAAUUUGCGAUACGAUGGAACGGAUACAUCUUUGAUGACAUUGAAGCCAAAGGAUAAUUGGGAUGUACAAAAGGUAUUCGUGGAAACGUACAAGCAAGAAUUUGGAUUUGUCUUGACGGAUAAAGAGAUCAUCGUUGAUGAUAUUAGAGUGAGAGGAAUCGGUAAAUCGUUUGAUACCCUCAAGGAAACUGCACAUAGCGAGCAUGAUCGUCUACGCAAGGAACAAAAAGACGCAUUCCCAUCAGCAAAAGAAGCAAUCGAAAAAGCAACAAAGAGAAAAGUGUAUUUCGAAGGACCGGGUAGAAUUGAAAUUCCUAUCGUUCGUUUGCAAGAUACAAAGAAAGGUCAAGGAAUCAAAGGUCCUGCGAUCUUGGUCGAUGAAACACAAACCAUCGUCGUUGAACCAGAAUGCGAAGCACACUUUUGUUCCAAUACCGUGCUUCUCAACAUUUUGUACGAAGGAGACAAGGGAUUGGUACAGUGAGAGGUGCAUUCUAUUUAGAUAAUGUAUUAAAAAGAGCAAUCUAUAGAUGAAAAUAUGUUACAGCUUU